AACAUCAGAGAAACUAUGACUCCCGGAAAGUAAUUACUGCUAAAAAGAGGUCAAAGUCUAAUAUGUGUGAUUGAUGUGGCCUUGGAUGUACACUUGGAUCUAUGUAACAGUUUUUUCUGUGUUUUCUUGUGGUUCCAGCAGACUCUUGUUUAUCAUAUAGAUUCUGAAUAUGUUUAUACUGUAUAUAUUUAUGUAUGUUUGUUUUUUUAAGCCGCAGGUGUCUCACUCUACCUCAGUAAACAAACAUGAAGUUCUUCAGAAUGUAAAGAGUAAGAUGAAAUCAGGAAUGAUGGCGGACUCUGAGUGGAUAAUCCAAGGAAUCAAGGAGUCGGUCUCUCUGAAAAAGAUAUACACACACCUAUUCAUCAUCAAUGACGAGUCAGACCCCAUCAAUAGAGAACAUGAGAUCUGGCAGAUCGAGACGUCACAUGAUUUAAACACAUCGGCACAGACAGUCAUCAACUACAACCAAAUCCUUCACCCACCCGGAGUUGAGAACAGAAUCAUAAAGACCGUUCUAACUAAAGGAAUUGCUGGAAUUGGAAAAACGUUCACCGUGCAGAAGUUUGUCCUCGACUGGGCAAGUGGAGUGUCAAAUCCAGAUUUGGACUUUGUGUUUCUCUUCCCGUUUAGAGAGCUGAACUUGGUUGAAGGAGAAAAGAGUCUUUUUGACCUGAUUUGUGACUUUUACCCUGAUUUUAAAGAGGCGAGACAGAUCUGUGAAUGGAUAUGCAAUAGGAAAGUUCUAUUCAUAUUAGAUGGUCUGGAUGAAUAUAAAAAUGGUUUGACCUCCAACAGCCUUUUGUCAGAUGUGACUAAAGAAGCCACAGUUGAUGUCCUUCUAGUAAACCUUCUGCGAGGAAAACUUCUCCCAUCCGCUCACGUGUGGAUCACCAGCCGUCCCGUCGCAGCUGCACAGCUUCCAUCUGAGAUCUUCCGAAAGGGAUACAUCACACAUAUCAGAGGAUUCACCGAUGAGCAAAAGGAGGAGUACUUCAUGAGGCAGAUUGAGAAUAUAAAGCUAACCAAAGAAGUCAUCUGUCACCUAAAGUCUCAAAAGAGCCUGUGGAUAUUGUGCCACAUACCUCUGUUUUGUUGGAUUUCAUCGGUUGUUCUCAAAGACAUCGUCGAUAAUCGGAAUAAAGAUAGAAAUAUACCAUCAAAUCUGACAGAAAUGUACAUCCACUAUCUUCUCAUUCAGACUGGACUGAGUCACAAGAAAUAUGAAGGGAAAGAGCUGUCUCAACCAGACGCUCUCCAGAAACAUAAAGAAGUGAUUAUGAAACUGGCAGAGCUGGCAUACAGACAGCUGAAGGAACAGAAUGUCAUCUUCAGAGAAGAAGACUUGAAGAAAUAUGAUAUCACUGUUGAAGAAGCGUCUCAGUAUCCCGGCGUCAUUACCUGCGUCUCAGUUCGCAAACGUCUGUUUUACGAGAGCAAACUUUUCAGCUUUGUCCAUCUCAGUGUCCAAGAAUUCUUUGCCGCCAUGUUUGCGCUUCAAAAAUAUCAAUCAGGAAAUCUAGGCUCUCUGGAAUUGAUUACAGCUAAAAAGAAGCAGAAUUCAAAGUCUUUGAGUGAUUUUCUCAAAAUUUUGAUUGAUGAGGCCUUGAAAAGCAAUAAUGGACACUUGGACCUCUUUAACUGUUUUGUCUUUGGGAUUUCUUGUGAUUCCAGCAGACAGUUACUUGAAGGAUUCCUGCCUUCGGUCUGGAGCAGUAGUUCAGAUGGUCACAGAAAGGUGGCCAUGUACAUAAAGUCUCUGAAGAGGAAAGGUCUGUCUUCUGAGAGAUGCAUCGGUCUCGUUCGUUGCCUGGUGGAGCUCAAGAACCCGUCACUUUUGCAGGAAAUGCAUGAGCUUGAACGCUCACAGUGCAAAGAGCCCCUCACACCGUUUCAGUGCACGCUUCUGGCUUACCAGUUUGUGAUGUCAAACACAAAACACCAUGAGUUUGACAUCAGAAAAUACAACAUCUUAGAUGGGUUUCAGAGAUUCUCCCCAGCCAUCACAAGCUUCGGAAAGGCUCUGCUCAAGGGAAGUGGCUUUACAGAGCAUCACUGUGAGAUCCUGACACGUUACCUGACUUCACCACACUCUCACCUGACUCAUCUCGAUCUCAGCCACAAUGCUCUGGAUCUGUCCGCACUGCAGCGGCUUUCCACAGCGCUCUGUGAUCCCAACUGCCAGAUUGAGAUUCUGAACCUCAGCCACAAUAACUUCCUGGGUCAGGCCAUGGAGCAGAUCAGGGAUGUGCUCUCUGGAGAAAACAUGAAUCUGAGAGUCCUGGACCUCAGCGACAAUCCUCUACAGGAUCCAGGAGUGGAAAUCCUCUCAGAUGGACUGAAGAGCCCCAACUGUCAUCUUGAAGUUCUGAAGCUUUCAGGCUGUCAGAUUAAAGGAGGAGUUUAUCAACUAAUGUUGUCUUUGAAAGUCAAUUCCUCAUAUCUGAAAGAGCUGGACCUAAGCUAUAAUGAUCUUGGAAACAUUGGACAACAAAAUCUACAGCAUGAUCUGUCCUCACUGAGUAUUUCCUCUGGAGGAGAAUGCCGUGACCUACCAGGACUGGAUAAAUAUUUUGUAGCACUCACCUUUGACCCUCAGACGGUUAAUGAACACCUCUAUCUGAGCGAGAACAACACUGUCACUCGUCAGAAAGAGAAACAGCAACUUCCUGCUAACGGCGAGAGAUUCGACUUGUGCAACCAGGUCCUGUGCCGCCAGCCUCUGAUUGGACGCUGCUUCUUUAGGGUGGAUGUGAUUGGCUCAGAUGUGCAUGUGGGCGUGGCCUGUAAGGGAAUGGGGAGGAAGGGAGCGGGUGACGCAGUAUGUCUGGGACACAAUAAAAUGUCGUGGAGUUUAUGGUUGUCAGAUAAUUUAUGUGUGGCUCAUCACAACAAAAAGACUGUAUUAAUCCAAUCGGAGUCCGUCAGAAAACUGGGAGUGUUUGUGGACCGGGACGCUGGUUCCAUUUGCUUCUAUAUGUCGAGUCCACAGCAUAAACUCUUGUACAUGUUUGAUGCAGAUUUUCCUCAGGACGAGGAGCUUUAUGCUGCGUUCAGGAUUCAGGAGCCAAACAGCUCAGCCGUUCUCAUGCAAGAAUCACGAUAAAUGUAUGUACAAUUACUGUCUGUGAUCGAUUCCUCAGAUCCGGAGAGAUGUAUGUGAUCAGACUUGAACCUAACCAACAAAAAACAGCGGCAAGUGUGAAAAAUUCCAUCAGUCAUCAUGAACACUGAACCAGGCUUUGCUACAUCAGUUAAAUGUCUUGAGUUCAUUUUAUCAAAAAUACAUUUGGUUUAAUUGGAUCUAAUGUAGUUUCUGUUCAUUGGACUGAUUAUUUUAAUAUCCUGUAAUCAACAUACUGACUGUAAAUAUUACAAUUAUUUGUAAUCAUUAUUA